AUGAAUAGUAGAUUCUCAAUUGGGGAAAAGGGAAGGCUGGCAGGUUCGAGUCCACCUGCGCUGGGCUCAAGGCGUCAGGCCAGAAGGCGUCAGGCCUUGUGUGUGAGGUGGGCUGGCAUGAGUUGGAGAGUGCGGGCCAGAAGGAGGUGCUGGGCUGAGCAGGCUGAGACGCGAGCUGGGCUGCACGCUGGAGCAUGGGCAAGCGACGAUGGGCUUUACGUAAGGAAUGGGCUGCGCAAGCUGGCGCCUUUAGCGAGCGGGCCAGGCGCGACAUGGGCCUCCUUGCUGGAUCUGGGGUUGGACGCAAGCUCGGCUGUUCUUGACGCGGGCCUAGAUGGAUGCAUGCUGGGCUGCGACAAUUGCUGGGCCUUCGUACUGGCUGGGUUGGAAAAGUGGGCGUACUUGGCUGCCCCCAUUCAGCUUUCUCCUCCUUUUUGUACUUUGAAAGAACGUGAAGAACGUUGA